UGGCCGGGAAGUGGGAGCAAGAACAGAGGAGGCGGAGACUGCCGCGGCUCCAGGCGGGCCGCGCUCCGAGGCAAGGGGCUGCAUGGCGCGGCCAGCGCUGCUGGGCGAUUUGUUGGUGUUGCUACUGUGGAUCGCCGCUGUGGGCCAAGUUGCCACGGCCACAGAAGUUCAGCCACCUGUGACAAAUUUGAGUGUCUCUGUCGAAAAUCUCUGCACAAUAAUAUGGACAUGGAGUCCUCCUGAGGGAGCAAGUCCAAAUUGCAGUCUCAGAUAUUUUAGUCACUUUGAUGACCAACAGGAUAAGAAAAUUGCUCCUGAAACUCGUCGUAAAGAGGAAUUACCCCUGAAUGAGAAAAUCUGUCUGCAAGUGGGGUCCCAGUGUAGUGCCAAUGAAAGUGAAAAGCCUAGCCCUUUGGUGAAAAAGUGCAUCUCACCCCCUGAAGGUGAUCCUGAGUCUGCUGUGACUGAUCUCCAGUGCAUUUGGCACGACCUGAGUUAUAUGAAGUGUUCCUGGCUUCCUGGAAAGAAUACAAGCCCUGACACAAACUAUACUCUUUACUAUUGGUACAGCAGCCUGGGGAAAAGUCUUCAAUGUGAAAACAUCUAUAGAGAAGGUCAACACAUUGCUUGUUCCUUUAAACUGACUAGAGUGGAAUCUGGUUUUGAACAAGAGAACAUUCAAAUAAUGGUCAAGGAUAAUACUGGGAAAAUUAGACCAUCUUGCAAAAUAGUGUCUUCAACUUCCUUUGUGAAACCUGGUCCUCCACAUAUUAAACAUCUUCUCCUCAAAAAUGGUGCCUUACUUGUGCAGUGGAAGAAUCCACAGAAUUUUAGUAGCAGAUGCUUAUCUUAUAAAGUAGAAGUCAAUAGUACCAAACUAUAUAAUACUUUGGAGUUUGAAGACGACAAAUGCCAGGAUUCCGAAUCUGAUAGAGACAUGGAGGGUGCAAGUUGUUUCCUAUUCCCUGGCGUUCUUGCUGACACUGUCUACACAGUCAGAGUAAGAGUCAAAACAAACAAGUUAUGCUUUGAUGACAACGGCCUGUGGAGUGAUUGGAGCGAAGCACUGAAUAUAGGUAAGGAGCAGAACGCCACCUUGUACACCACCACGUUACUCAUCAUUCCAGUCUUCGUCGCAGUGGCAAUCAUAAUCCUCCUUUUUUACCUGAAAAGGCUUAAGAUUAUUAUAUUUCCUCCAAUUCCUGAUCCUGGCAAGAUUUUUAAAGAAAUGUUUGGAGACCAGAAUGAUGAUACCAUGCACUGGAAGAAGUGUGACAUCUAUGAGAAACAAUCCAAAGAAGAAACGGAUUCUAUAGUGCUGAUAGAAAACCUGAAGAAAGCAGCUCCUUGAUGGGGAUAAGUGAUUGCUUUUUUGCCUUCAAUGUGACCCUGUGAAGAUUUAUUGCAUUCUCUGUUUGUUAUCCGGGGAAUUGUUAAAUAGAAACUACUCUUGAAAAACAGGCAGCUCCUAAGAACCACAGGUCUUGAUGUGACUCUCCCACUGAAAAUCCAAACCAAAGGAGCACUUCAAGAACAGCAGAAUUCUUGUCAUUCUUGUUCACUCCUAAAAGCAGACGUCCUUACCAAAUCUCCAAACUAGAGGACAAAGAAAAGAGGACAAUGACCAUCAAUUCAUCUUAUCAGGAAUUGUGACAGCUUACUAAGGAAUCUCUGCUUGCUCUGUAUUCUUUGUGUGGAAUAAUAUCAAGAAAUUUUUUUUUUGUGAGGAAAUUCAUUUGGGAUGUGUAUGAUAAUGCUGUACUCGAUUCCCACAGAACAUCUAGCAAACAAAACUGAUACAAUUUGCUGCCUAUUGUUUGAGAACCCACUGAGUAAUGUUUGUGGCUAUUAAAUGCACUAUCAUUAUCCACUUCAAUAGCAUUUUCCUCUGCUUUGAAAUUCCCAGAAAUCAUCUUGGGCCAUGUUGAUGACAUGUACAAAAAGCCAUAGGCAACUUCUCCACCAAAACUGAUUUAUGUCAUUGCUGGUCUUUUUAGGACAGUGGAGGCAGAAUGAGGUAGCAUUCAAGUUGGAACCAAGAAGUCUCUAAAGAUGUAUGCCCACCUUUAUUUCUGCUACUCAAGUUUUGCCUAUGUAUCAAGCUUGUGCAAAACACUUAAAUAUGAGGGAUGGGACCCCCACCCAUAGGUUUACAUAUAUUUGGGGCUUCUUAUUUUUUUUAGCACUUUCUUUAUCUCCAGACAGCUGUUUCCUGGACUUUUGAAUUUCCCAUCUUCUAUACUGAUGCCCUGCUGUGCCUACUCCACCAUCCUCUUCCUUGUAGCCUUUUGACUCAGUGGACUUGAGGAUAAAAUUUUUCUUAGCCUACCUAGUGGAGCAGGGAAUACUCUGCAUCUCAGGUUUAAAAAAAAAGAGUAGACUGAACAAUAACAUACAUAUUUUGCAACUUCCCUGUGAGCCUGCAAUUAUUUGAGGUUUUUGAGCAAUUGGUAUUUCUGUGUGUUUUCUAAGUAGAGAUGAUGUCAUUUUUUUCCACGUAGAAUUUAGCUCUAUUUGCUUGAGAGGGGGGAAAAACAGAAGAUUCAUGUCUGUUUCUCUUUGUUUGCAAAAUAAGCCUUAGGAUGGCUGUUUUCUAUGCUGUAAGUGGUCCUGUCAAUUCUGUGUUUUAUUGAGAGGGAGGCAAAUGGAGCUCCAACUAUGUACUCACUUCUUGUAUAUAUUAGGUUUCCAAUUCCAUUUCUACAAUAUAAGCAUAUGUAUAUACCCCCCAUUCCAACCAUUUCUGCAAAUUUAAAACAGUGAAAGAUACCCUUCUUCUUUUUCUCAUACACACAGAUCACUAGCAAGGACUGAAGAAUUUUAUAUCAAAAUUCUCCAGGCAUGUACCAGUUAGUGUUAAUAAAAUGAUGCUACUUGCAUCUCUUGUUCUUAAGCAGGGAAGACAAGUGAUCCCUGUUCUCCACACGUUGGAACAAAGGGGAACCUUGCUUCCAUGGUAGUAGAGGAGCAUUGUGCCUGGAAUUUCAGGAAAUCUUGGAGCAUGGCACAAUUGAUGCGCAGGUAUUCCCUCCCAGCACUUUUGGGUAUCAGAUUGCAGCUGAGAUACAGGCAUCCUAGAUGUUGCAGUUUCUCCUACUAUUUGCUAGAAAGAAGACUUGGCUUUCUUGCAUAAGAAUGAAAUACUCCUUACCCAGAGUAUUAUAAUUCUGAGAAGGAAAGCACCUUAAAUGCCUUGCACAAAACUAGUUCUUUUUUUUACUACUGGCCUAUUUUGAUGGUGAUGAAGAGCAUGUUUUGAAAUGCUCUAGAGACCAUCUAUGCCAACAGUCUUGCAGCAUGAGAACAAAGACAUCAUAUUUUGCUUCAAAUUCUCUUUCAGUAGUACAGUAGCAGGGGAUAGGGGACAGUUAAGAGGAGUACCUUUGUUUUAAUAAACAAAAGUAAUCUCCAGGCCUUAGAAACUCUUAAAGAUAUCAGUACAUUGCUUAUUGAAAACAUGUAGACUCAUAUAUUAUUUUGACUAAGGUAUAUGGAUUUUCUCCCACUUACAUAAGUAAACCCAACACAAGGAGGACCAUUCCUUUUCUUUCAUUCAGAUGACCUUUCUCUGAAUCUGGGCACUGAAGGGAUACAUAAAAUAAUAUUAAUGCUUUCUGUAAUGUCUUCAAUUAGGAGGCUUUCUGUUGAACUACUUAUAAGAAAGUAAAAUAAAUAUUGUCUUUUUGUAUGUCACC